CAUAAACUGCAUAAACGGAACCGUUUCGCUCGUCCAACCAACAGAACAACCGAAGCAAGCAACACCACCAUGCCCGUGACCACGUUCUCUACAGAUGCAGAGUUCUUUGAUGCCGUGAAGGCAUCAACGCAGAAGGUCAUUGUCAUUGACUUCUUCGCCGAGUGGUGCGGCCCUUGCCGGCAGAUUGCGCCAUUCUUCAGCUCCCUCUCAGACAAAUACCCAGAUGCAGCCUUCUUCAAGGUGGACGUCGACAAACUCAAGGAGGUGAAGCGCGUGUACAAUGUGUCGUCCAUGCCCACGUUCAAGUUUGUGCAAGGCACGCAAGUGGUGGAGUCGUUCUCUGGCGCAGACCCCGAGCGCCUUGAGCAGACGUUGAAGCGGCUGCUCUCAGAAUCCGGCGGUGCCGAAUCCGACAGCGUUGUGCGGGGCCAGUGGGUGCUGAACAAGUUUGUGAACAAGGCGCAGAUGGAGUGCCUGAACCAGAACGACGACCACCCGCUGGAGCACGCGCUCACAGAUGACGAGGACACGUUCCUAGAGAGCGACUGCGACGAACAGCUGAUGAUUGCGCUCAACUUCACGCUUCCUGUGAAGCUGCACUCGAUGCGCGUCGUUGCCCCGACCGAUGGCCGCGCCCCGCUCACCAUCAAGCUCUUCCAGAACAGAACCACCAGCCUCGAUUUUGACGAUGCGGAGAAGAUUGAGCCCGUGCAGACCCUCACGCUCACAGAGAGCCAAAUCCAGGGCGAGCCGAUUGAGCUGCGAUUUGUGAAGCUGCAGAACGUCAACAGCGUCACGCUGUUUGUGGUGGACAACCACGGUGGCGAGGACACGACGGCAAUCAACUACAUUGAGCUGAUUGGCACGCCGCGCGACACCACCAACAUGGCCGAGUUCAAGCGCGUGGCAGGCAAGCCCGGCGAGCGUGACGCACACUGAUGGCAACGCACGCCCACGGCGGUGGCAGUGGUGAUAUUGGUGGUAGCGGUCGUUCUUGUUCUUGUUCAUGUUGUGCUUUUCCUCGUUUUUGUUGUGGUUCUUCUUGUCUUUUGUUGUUGGCUUGGCUCAAGAUGGUGUCGGAAGCCUGCCUGUGUCGCGCCUUGCUGCCCUCGUCAUAGCAGUGUCGCUGCUGUUGUCGUUGUCGUUAACCAGCACACCACUCUGGGUGGCGUGAGUGUUGAAGCUUGCUGUACGACAUGCACAUGUCUGUGUGUGCGUGCAUGCAUGCUUGCUCGUGUGCGCAUGGCAUUUACCUCUGUGUGUGUGUGUGUGUGCAUGUGCAUGUGAGUGUGCAUGUGUGUGUGUGUGUGCAUGUGAGUGUGUGUGUGCAUGUGAGUGUGUGUGUGUGUGCGUGUGCUGUUGUCCGGUGCCCACUCUUUGAUGACUACUUGCGCUGACAUGUGCGCGCGCGUGUGUGUCUCAAUGUCGUUGUUGUAUUCGAAAUGAAACGAAAACCCCCCACCACAAACGUCG